AUGGCAUCACAAACCGAACUCCCUCUAGUCCUCGUGACCGCUGUCAACGGCUUCAUCGCAUCCUGGACUGCUAAAGUAUUCCUAGACGCAGGCUACAAUGUCCGAGGAACAACUCGAUCCGCCAAAUCCGCAGCUACAGUGCUCGAGGCUGAUCCAUUCAAAGAGUAUGCCGCUUCUGGUAGAUUUACCAUUUUCCAAGUCCCCGACAUCACGCUCCCGGGAGCAUUCGAUGAUGCCGUGCGCGGAGUCCAUGCUAUAGCACAUACUGCAUCGCCGAUGCCUUCAAACUCGCCAAACCCGGAAUCUUUCAUUGGUACUGCCGUGGAUGGCGCGAAAUCCGUAUUGGAAUCUGCAUAUUCGAAAGCUGGACCGAACCUGAAGACGCCGACCGAUGCGCCAUAUACCUUCACCGAGGAGGACUGGGAUGAUUUCUCGGAAAAGGCAGUCGAGCUUCAAGGCAAAGAGGCUUCACCUGGAUUGAUAUACAAGGCUAGCAAGACCGCCGCGGAACGAGCAAUGUGGGAUUUCCAGCGUGAGAAAUCCCCAUCUUUUACCUUGGCCGCAAUCAACCCUGUCUUCGUAUGGGGGCCACCGAUACUAUUCCCGGAAAAUCCUGAAGAUAUCAACUCGACCACCAUGGCUAUUUGGACGAUCUUUUCUGGUCAGGAUAUUCCUCCUCCACCUCUCGGUCGUCCCGGUGGUGGUGCAGUUGAUGUGCGAGAUGUGGCUCGUUUGAUUCUGUUCGCAGUUCAGGAACCGGAGAAAUCGAGCAAUCAGAGAUUCCUUGCUGUAUCCGGACUUAGAGUCGAGCAAGCUAUUGCAGAUAUUUUGCGUCAGGAAUAUCCAGACAGGAGAACUAUUAUCAAAGAGGGUACCCCUGGAGUGGGUUAUUUGCCUGAUUUUAGUUAUCCGGAAAAUAGCUCGGGCAGGGUUGAUGGUAGCAAGGCUGUCAAAGCCACUGGAAAGGAGUGGAUUUCGCCCAAACAGAGUAUCAUUGACGCAGCGAAAGCUUUUGAGCGAUAUCUAUAG